AUGGCCCUCGCCCUGGUUCCCCUCCUGCUCCCCGCCCCAGAUGCUCUGGGGCUGGCCCCGCCCCGGAACGUGACCCUGCUGUCCAGAAACUUCCGCAUCUUCCUGGUCUGGGUCCCAGCCCCCGGCUACCCGCCGGACGUCUCCUACGGCGUCAACUACCAGAGCUUUGAGAACCAGAAGCGGUGGUGGAAGGUGCCCCCGUGUCACCUGCGGGCCCGGCAGACGUGCGACCUGACCUGCCUGGUGAAGAACCAGCACAUCAAGUUCAAGGGUCGGGUGCGGGCCGUGACCCCCGGAGCCCGCUCUCCCUGGGCCGAGUCCCAGUACCUGGACUACAUAUUCGACGUGGAGCUGGCCCCUCCCAUCCUGGAGGUGCGGAGACUUGAAGCCGCCCUAAUCGUCAACGCCACCUUCCCCCUCCCCGCCUGUGAGAGCCUGGAGCCCCUGAAGUACGACGUGGACUUCUGGGAGGCCGGGAGGCCCAAGAAGAUGCAGUACCCGGGGAACCCCGUGGGUCAGGUGGUGGAGAUCAGCACCCCUCCAGCCAUCAGCGGGAACUACUGUCUGAGCGCCAGGACCACCUACACCAUCUUUACGCCCAAGCACAGCCUCUUCUCGGCGCCCCAGUGCCUCCAGCUGGGAACCAGGGAGGAGAAGGGGGCCUUCCUGCUGCAGGUGGGCCUGCCUCUGCUCGUGCUCCUGCUGCUCUUGUGCGCGCCCAUCUCCGGCCUCCUGCUCAGGGCCGCCUGGACCAGGCAGGCCAAGAUGCCCGGGGCUCUGGACUUCUCCGGCUCCAGACUCCCCAUCGGGCCCUCGGAGGUGAGGACGCUGGAUGUCCUCGGCAUCUUGACGGUCUGCCCCAGGAAGGGCGCCGCUGCCCAGAGGAAGCCCAGGCCCCCUGCCGGAGAACCCCCCGGUUCAGAAGAGGAGGAGGAGGAGGAAGAUGAAGACGACAGAGAUGUUUUCCGGCCCUACCUCAAGCCUCCACCCUUCCUGGAGGGGACGCCGUCAGCCUCGGCGCCUGCCCUGGGGGAGAUAGAAUCGGUAGAGGGUGGGGGGUCCCCGGCCCCUCGCUCCGGCUCGGGGUGCGGCGCGGGGGAGGCCGGGGCUGGAGGCCCCUCCGGCUCAGCCGGCUCCUCCUCGUCCCGGGGGAAGCCCCCCGCCAAUGGCUACGCCACCAGGAAAAGGCAGCGGGAGCCCAGCCGGGACGCCGAUGUCCCCCUAAUGCCCGAGGUCUCGGAGUGGGCGCCUCUCCCUGCCCGGGGGCUGGGAGGCUGCCCCUCUGCCUCCAUUUGGGAUGCCCCCAAGAUGCGGGACCUCAGGAAGGGGGGCGCCCAGGCCCCUCUCGACCCCGAGGAGCUCUUUAUCUCCUUGCAGACCUUGGUCUUUGCCACGGCGAGUGGCCCGGACAGUCUCUCGGGGGACGAGGAGACCUCGCUGGGGUCUGAGGAGGAGGAGGAGGCGGCAUUUCUGGACCCGCCGGGGCUCGGCAACGCGGCUCCGGGGAGCCCGGAGGACCGGAGCUGCCCGAGGGUCAGGCCCCCCGGCUGCGAGCCCGGCCGUUACGUGGUCAGGAGCCGAGAGCUCUGCGACGGCUGCUGACCCGCGGGCCGGACACUCACGCCGAUCCCCGGGGGCCUCGGCAGACCCAGAGGGCGGGCAGUGAGCGGCCGAUCUCCUCGGCGAUUGGCCGGCUUCGUCGGCCUCCCGUCCCUCCCCGCGACGGCCCCGCAUCUGAGCCAGGAAGGCCGAAGGCCGGAGCCCGGCCCGGGAUCGACUCCCGUCGGCUACGGGCCGGCUCUCUGUGGGAGCCAGUGCCCUUCCCCCGAGGGGGUCUGGGCUCGGGGUGGCCCCGGCUCCCGGGCCCGAGCAAGCCAGACAUCCGCCUCGUGGAUGAUAGCGGUAAUGUGGUACUUCUCACGCGCUUACUGUGUCCCCGCCGCUGCCCAGAGUACUGGGAUAGAGGCGAGAUGAUCAGAUACGGACACGGCCCCUGCCCCGUAAGGGGCGUGUAGUCCGAGUAGGGGAGGAAGACGGGUAUCGAAUGCCCAUUUUACAGAUGAAGAAAUCGAGGCACGGAGAAGCGAAGGCCCCCC